AUGUCAAGAAACAAUUUAAGACCAAAUACCUGGGAGAUUUUGGGACCAUUCCCAACCGGGACUCGAGAGCAAGAGUUUGGCGCGGAUCCAUUAGAAGCAUACGGCGGAUUCACGAAUCUAGAAUAUUCUACAACUGAAACAUAUCCUUCUGAAUUAGCGGAUAAUGGAAGAGUUGGUUGGUCUAUAAUCUCAGAAAAUGAAAAUGGCUCGAUUGGUCCUUUCAAUUUUCCGAAUGUCAGGUGGAAUUUCAAUCAGCAAUCGCUCGGUUGGGCGAUAAAUCAAUUUCAAAUUUGGGCACGAGGAAAAUUCAAUGUGCCUCUUGACUCAUUUUACACAACAACAACAAACACUGCCACAAUAAAAUUCCAAUGUUACAAUGUUACAGAAUUUUACAUUAAUGACAUUCGUUUUUACGGCGACUGUUACAACUACAGAAACCAAUGGCACAUUUUACACCUUACUCCGGGAACUCACACAAUCAGGGUUCGUAUAGUGAAUGAAACUCGUAUUUUUGGCGGAAAAGUUCCACCUGCCGUCCAAUUUUCAGCGGAUAUUUAUCCAGUGUCUUCCUUAAAUUUGGAAGAUUCGUUCUUAAUACUUGAAGAUGAAACUUCAGUUAUUGUUCCAGAUUUGAUGGAUGGAAAGUUGGCGGGAGAGGUUAUGAGUGUUCCAAUUUUAAAUGCCAGCCAUCUUUGGUGUUAUGUGGAUAAAGUCGAAGCGCUAAUGGUAGAAAACACACCAUUAGAAGAUUCAGAUUUUAAAUCUGCAAAACCUCCGAAUCUUCUCGGAGCAAAACUAAGUUCCGAUGCUCAAAAAAAAAUAUUUUUUCGAAUAGCGCCAUCACAACAACGACAUCUUAAAAUCCAUCUAAAACUGGUCGAGAAUAAUUGGUCGCAGAAAAAUAUUUCUUUUCAACUCAAAUUUGGCAUCAUGCUUGAAAAUAAUACAUACAUAACAUUAAAAUCCAAUGUAACUACAAUAAAGCUGAAGAAAUUUGGCGAACCUUUCAAGUUUACAUUUGAGGACUUUGAUGGCACGGUUCAAUAUGCUAUUGCUAUUCCGCCACUCGAACCUAUUACAAAUUGUUGUCCUUUACUUUUGGCUUUACACGGAGCGGGUGUAGAAAUAGAAAUGCCGUUCUGGAAAAAUGCUAUCAAAAGACAAACAAAGGCUUGGGUUUUACUGCCAAGCGGAAGAACUCCUUGGGGAUACGAUUGGCAUGGACCAAGCAGAGCAAAUGUAUUUACAGCAAUAGAAAGCUUAAAGUGUCUAUCUUUUGUGAAUAUUCAAGCUUUUAGCUCAACUAUUUUAACUGGGCAUUCGAAUGGAGGUCAGGGUGCUUGGUAUUUUUUGACACACUUUCCUGAUACGUUUGUUGCAGGAGCGCCCGCUGCAGGAUUCACAAAAAUCCAACGAUAUGUUCCAUAUUAUUGGAAUAGUGAGGCGCAUAUUGAUCCUAUAUUGCAAGCGGCAAAGAAUAACAACGACUUGUAUACUUCGAAUCUCACUGGAAUCCCAAUUCUAGUUCGUACAGGUUCUGAAGACGAUAAUGUUCCACCAAUACAUUCACGUAGCUUGGUUCGUCUCGUCGAUGAACAUUCACAUAACAAUAACGAUAAUGAAAUAAAAUUAAUAGAAGAUCCAGGAAAAGGACAUUGGUUUGAUGGUGUAUUAAGUGACGACAAAAUUCAGCCAUUUUUUGAUAAACAUCUUUAUCAAAAAGAUGAAAACGAAGGAGCGAUCAAUGAAGCUGAAUUUUAUCGUAACUUUUCAAAAGGAUUAUUUUCUCAAAAAAAAGAAUUCACCUUGACUCUGAUAAAUCCUGCGGGUUGCGGUACUAAAGGUGGAGUCCAAAUUGAGCAAUUGGAGACUCCUUAUAGAUUGGCGAAAUUUACAAUGAUACUAAAUAACGAUAACGACACCGAUGCGUCGGAUUCCAGCAAAUUAUUCGACUUCAAGACUACAAAUAUCAGUAGAUUUACAAUUGAUAAAGUAAAUAAGCAGGGAAAAGUUCAAUUACAAAAAGUAUUAUAUUCUAAGAAUGAAAAUGGAACUUGGGAGAUCACAAAUAACGACGAAACAUGGAAGAAAACCCAAAGACACAGUGAUAAUUACGGACCUGCAAUUCAAAUUCUCGAAUCUCCUGGACCACUGUUGAUUGUAAUUGGGAACCAAUUUAAAGACAGGCCAUCUUCAGUAUAUAUGCGUAUUGCACUAGAGAUAGCCAAUUCAUGGUUCCUUUAUGGCCGAGGCGAUUCGUUGAUACUUGCAGAUAGAGAGUACGCUGAAAUUAAAUCUUCUGGAAAAGUCCCAAAUGGCAAUUUAGUUUUGUUAGGUGGACCAGAUAUUAAUUCUGCUACGAAGAGUUUACUAGAUAAAAGACCUAGCGCAGUAACAUUUGAUAUUGAAAAUAAAACCUUUACGAUUGCAAAAAGGAAUUUUAACGAAAAAAAUACAGGAAUCCUUUUUCUUCAUCCGUUUGAUCAGUCUGAUGGAAAAUCAUAUUUAUCAUUGAUUAUCGCUAGCACAGAUGAAAUAGGCUUUGAAAACGCUGCGAAAUUGUUUCCUAAGCGAACUGGCGUGCCGGUUCCUGAUUGGACUGUUGUUGGUCCCGAAGUGAAAUGGAAAGGCGCUGGAGGGUUACUUGGAGCUGGGUUUUGGAAUAACCAGUGGAAAUUCAAUUCUGCUACAGGGGUGGUAGGAGCAAAAG